AUGACAAGAGCAGCAAAGAUAUUUUCGCCUAGACCCUCUGGAUCUCAACUAGAAAUCGCUUCCGAAGCGGAGGACAGCGAAUUCACCACUGAAGACGUACAGACGACCUCGGUUUCCCCUGAAGUCCAACCAGACGUCUCCACCGCACGCACAGAGACCGGAGCUCAAUGGAUCGAUGAUCUAAGGCACGACUAUCCCCUUGAAUAUUUAAUUCCUGUUUCCGGCCCUUCGUCCACGGAUGCAACUGAACUACGCCCUCCGCAGAGCCAGUCCCUGCCCACCGACCACAACAACAACCUCCUGCCACCACCCCGCAUCUUCCCCAUCUACCCGCCGCCGCCCACCGACACCACCGCCGAAGAGAGCGAUUCGCGCCGCAACUCGCUCGGCCAGAUCGACACCGUCAUCUCCAACGACCUCCCCACCGUCUGGACACCGUUAGCCGCCCGCACCCACCGCCGCCGCCGCCCCGGCCACCGCCGCCGUCUCCCCCGCCCGACGCUACCACCGCCGAAAGCCUACCCCCUCACCCCGACCCUCCCCUGGCUCGGCGCCUCCGCUGCGCACCUGUCCAUCCUGUCGAGCAUUGUCGACCAGUGGGACGUGAUCGAUGACGAUGACGGCUUCCUGCCGCGCAUCGCGGACUUCCUGCAGGCGUCGGAGAUCGAUCCGAGCCGCUUGUGCGAGGAGGAUCGCCGGUUGCUGUUCGUGCUCGACCAUGCGGUGCAGACCGGGGGUGCGGAGCGGUGCGGGUUGGAUGCCGGUGCGGAUGUGGAGGGGGGUGCGGUGAGGUUUGUGGAUUUGGGGCGGGGUGAGGGUGGUGAGGGUGGUGAGGGUGGUGAGGGUGGUGGUGAAGGAGAUGAUGAUGAGGGGGGAGGAGAAAGGGGAAGAGGAGGACAGCAGAGGUUCGUGGAUGUGUCGUUGUGGCAGUUCCUGGAUUUCUUGAGGGAGGCGCUGAACGAGAAUGGAUCGAGCGCGCAGCUGGAAUUUGACGAGGAGGAUGGGGCGGAGAAAUAUGAUGGGGGUGAUGAGGCAUCAGGUUCGGCAGCGGAGGAGGCGACGGCGGAAGAAGAGGAGGAAGAGGAGGAUGAGGCCGAACCGAUUCCAUCCCCACACUGGCCUCUUACGCCGUCUGAUCGUCUUCCUGCAGCUGAGCGAGUACCGGCGGAAGCCAGCGGGAGUGCUAGCCAGACCUUGUUGCAGGACGAAGGUCACCCGCAGUCCGCCAACCGUCAUUGGGAUCUGCUUAUGCAGAAACUGGAGGAAUACAACCUGUCCAUAUCGGAUGUGUCCGAAGCGCAGCUAGAUGAUUGGAGCAGCGUGCCAAUCGAUGUUAUCGAGGGGUACUUUGAGACGCACCUGCGGAACGUUUUGAGGAGGAAGAAGAUGAAGAGGGCGUCGAAGAAGACGAAGGAAGAUGUGAUGCGGGAAAGAGCAGUGCAGGCAGUGCUAAAGGAAGAAAACGCGCUGGGGGAGUACAGAGCGAAAAUACUCGGUCAAAUUAUGGCUACGAAGGAGAGUGAAGAUGAAGGAGCGGGACAAAACUUCGCACAGGCCGGGGAUGACAUUGAACUGGCCACACUGAGCCAUGCAGGGAAUAGGAAGACGAAAGUAACGACUGAGGUGCAACCGGCCAAUGCCCAGGGAUCAAAGAUCAAAACUGGAACGUACGCUGGAUUCGCCAUCGGUUUUAUCCUCAUUUCAGGUUUGAUAUUUGGCCUUGCCUUUGGGCUUAGGUCUCGCUCGUAA